UUUCCAAUUCCUCCUCAUCGCGCGAUCUUCCAGGGAGCACAACAACCGCCUGACCGGGUCUACGGACUUCUGAAACGCUCCCUAACUUCUAUUCUUCGACCUUGCCCUGCCUUUACCCGCACGCGCUACUUACCGCGUCUAAUAUCUUCGCUUCGUCAUCCAUUCACCGCCAACCGCCAAACACCAUGUCCCGCGGUAACCAGCGCGAGAAGGCCCGUGAGGCUAACCUCAAGAAGCAAGCUGCUCAGAAGAAGGUCAACAACAAGAGCGGCACUGAGAUGCAGCGCGAUAAGGAAGCUGUCGCCGCCCUCAUGAGGGCCAAGCAGGCGGCCGCCGAUGCGAAGAGGGCUGCUGAGGCUGCCAAGAAGAAAUAAACGGCCAUCUCAAACAGUCCAACUACCCACGUGGUUGGAGGAGAUAUGAAUCUGAUCAACGGGAACUCGUCUUUCUCGCUGCGCGAUUAUCUUUAUUUACCUCAUCCCCAUAGUCGACAGCGACUAUAAGCAGUUGCGGGGAUGCCCCCGUGUCUAUCAGACCGGGAUCGGUCUUUCCAUCCAUCUUUAUACCGUUCGGAGUGUUUUACGGCGUCACAGACCAGGGAGGAAGACUUGGGGAGUAUCUUGAUUUAUUGGAGCAAAGCUUGGGCAUUCAUGGCGUGAGCGUGGGAAUACCAUCUUGAAUUAACACAAUUUCUUGGAAGCAUCAUCAAAUCCGGAAGGCUUUUUUUCCCGUGUGGGGCCGACGCAUGCUCGGUCGGCUACGGUUGUCCUUAUCACUGUUUUGCAUGUGCGCAAACUGGCUUGUCAAACUUCUGUCUUUUGGCUGAUCUCAGUAUUGCAGCUCCUUUGUUGAUUCUUACGGCAUUUGAU